AUGGCUAUCGCUGUUAAACCCAGAGUUGGAUGGAUCGGGACGGGCGUCAUGGGUGCCAGCAUGGUCGGGCACAUCCUGAAAAAAGGCUAUGACGUGACGGUGUUCAACCGCACACCCUCCAAGUGCAAGCAGCUGAUCAAGGAAGGCGCCCAGGUUGCCAGCUCCCCCGCCGAGGUGGCCAAGGUGUCUGACAUUGUGUUUGGCAUCGUGGGCUAUCCCAGCGACGUCCGCAAGGUGUUCUUGGACCCGGAACGAGGCGUCUUGUCUUCGAUCAAGGCAGGCGGUGUCAUUGUUGACAUGACCACGAGUGAACCGUCCUUGGCCAAGGAGAUCUACGAGACUGCAAAGCUCAAGGGCGUCUCGAGUCUCGACGCUCCUGUCUCCGGUGGCGACGUCGGUGCACGUGAGGCCACACUGUCCAUCAUGGUCGGUGGGGACUCUGCCACCGUCGAGUCCACGCGGCCACUGUUUGAACUCAUGGGCAAGAACAUCUGCCACAUGGGCGGAGCCGGUGCUGGCCAGCACACCAAAAUGGUCAACCAAAUCCUGAUCGCCACGAACAUGAUUGGCGUCGUCGAGGGUCUUCUCUAUGCGCAGAAGAGCGGCUUGGACGCGGACGAGGUCAUCCGCGCUGUGAGCGCAGGAGCUGCAGGCUCGUGGUCGAUCAGCAAUCUGGGACCGCGGAUUGCCAAGCGAAACUUCGAUCCUGGCUUCUUCGUCGAGCACUUCGUCAAGGACAUGGGUAUCGCCUUGAAAGAGGCCGAGAGCAUGAACCUCGCACUUCCUGGCCUCGCGCUUGCCAACCAGCUGUACGUGGCUGUGAAGGCUCAAGGCCACGGCCGCUUGGGGACGCACUCGCUGAUGCUCGCACUUGAGCAGCUCAAUGGCAUUGGCUCGUCUGCUGCACGCACGUGA